ACUGACAGGGGAACCGAGUUCAGACGUUCUCACCACAUGGUGAUGAAAACCACACUUUACGACAUGGCUGUAGACGCCACCUGCAGGUACGCAGCUGUUGGCUGUCAGGACCGCUGCAUCAGGGUUUUUAACAUCAGCAAUGGCAAACAGAAGAAGCUCUACAAAGGAUCUCUAAGUGAAGAUGGCAGUCUGCUCAGGGUUCAGAUUGAUCCUUCGGGUCAGUUUGUAGCCACCAGCUGCUCCAAUAAGAACAUCUGCAUAUUUGACUUCUACACUGGGGAGUGUGUCGCCACCAUGUUUGGACAUUCUGAAAUUGUCACUGGGAUGAAGUUUACCAAUGACUGCAGGCAUUUAAUCUCUACAUCAGGAGACAGCUGUGUGUUCGUGUGGCGACUCGCUCCAGAGCUGACUAUCGCCAUGAGGGAGAGGCUGCAGCAGCUCCGACAGAACCCCAACUCGGUGCCUCGCGAGUCCCCCGGCAUCAGGCGGGAGGCGUACAGCGCCCCGGCUCUGGUUGAUCUGUGCUCUGACAGCGACCAGGAGCAUGAGGAGGAGGAGGACAGAGUGAAGUAUGUCCUCGCUGACAACAUAAGCAAUACUUCCUCUGGCAGCAGCCACAGGGGCGAGGACACAGGUUCAGAAGAAGAAAAGACCACAGAGUUGAGAAAGCAUGAAGCCAUUACCCAGGUCGGUCCUGAUGCCACCAAGCGCCCCCGGAGGUGCUGGUCUCGACGUAUGGGCUCCCUGGAAGUGAUGAUAAGAUCCAUGCUGGACCUGAGACAGCUGGAGACAUUUGGACACAAGAGGAACCUCAGUCCAUCUACUGAUGACAAACAGAGCGUGUCCAGCCUGCAAGAAACUGUUCAGGUGGAUGAAAGAACCAGGAGGCACCGGCUCUGGGUGUCCUCCUCAGCCAAGUGUGUCAAAGAGACGGACACAGCAGAGAACGAGGACACGAGUCUCACAGAAAGUGGUUACACUGUGUUGGAGCAGAACUGCGGCCCAGCGGGCCGAAGGAUCCGGACUGACAGCCAGGACAGCCGCAGCCCGGACAGCGCAUGCUCCAUGGACUACGACAGCACAGAAUCCAGCCAGGACCGAGUCCUGCAUGAUGCUGGUUCGUUGGUCGGCUCUGAUGAUGAGAGUGAGGAAGAGGAGCAGGAGCCAGAGAGGAAGCCGGCCGAGGUGACGAGUAUAGACGAGGCUCUGAGGACGGUGAAUGACGGUCCUGAACGUGAGCAGGAAGACUUCCUCCGGCAGAACUUUGAAACCCUGGUGGAGAGCAGCAGCACAGCUGAGCAGAGCAGAGUCCUGAGGCUCAGUAUGUCCUCACGCUUCCUGGCCAAAGGACACAACAACAGAGCUGGGCCUCCGUUCUCCAAAGUGACCGCAAAGGAACAAGACGGCAGAUCGACUAAUCCUCCGGUGUCAAAAGUACGUCCGCUGACAGGAAACAGCGAGAGCAGAAAGGCCGAGGACAGACUCUCCGUGUCUCCUGUCAAAUCUGAGAGGACUCCAGAGAAGGAUUCUCCCUUCAAACACCGACCUGUGAAGAAGAAGAGUUCAGGGUCCGCCCUCUGGAGGAUGUCAAACCCGCCAACUCAAGCUCCACCGAUGCUGGACCAAGCUGCUUGUCUACAGAAGUCUCGCUCCGCUCAGAACCUGACUACAGACUCUUCUCGCUCCUCUGCGCCCUCUAGUGUCCAAAAGGAGUUGUGCGUGAGACCUCAGCAGCUGACCCUGACUAACAUCACUCCCAGGUCGACCUUUACCUUGUCUCUGCCCUCCUCUGGGUCUCCACACUCUCCGUGGGAGAGCCCCAAACUGAAGCCCCAGCUCUCCUACAUGAACCCCACAGCCAGCUCCAUGGCCAAAACCAACCGCUCCUCCUCCUCCUCCUCCUCCUCGCUGGGCGACGAUCUCCAGUCUGGAUCUCCGCCUCGCUCCCCACGGAGCAGGAGGUCAUCAGAGGAGGCGCUCUCCUCGACUCUCGCCAGGCUCCCGUCGUCUUCCUCCUCCUCCGCUGCCCCUCCCCGCACCGUGACGGCGUCCCCGUCCCAUCCGACCCAGAACGGCCCGCCGUCUCGCAUCCCGCUCCCGAGGCAUCCUCUGGGCGCCCGGCGCAGCCUGAACCUGGACGUGAGGCCGAGCCCGAGCCCUCUGAAGGCCUCUGCCUCCGCGGUGGACGUGGGCCGAGUCGUUUCACCUCCGGAUGUAAAAGCAGAAGCACGGUGCAGACACCUCUACCUGCCUUUUGAUCCUGCCGGGCCAGGCUCUCUGUCUGUGAAGCAGAAACAGAACUCCGGUUCUGAAAGUGCCAAAGAAGGCGGUCAGUUGCUGAAAGAGCGCCCCCUGGUGCCUGAAGAGAACCAAACACUGACUCCACACUCAGAUUUCUCAGUCACCUUGGAAACCUGCAGACAGGCCAUUACUGAUCUUCAUAAGAGUCUGAGGAGAACCAUCCUUCUGUUUACUACGUUGCUGAAGAGCGAGCCGGCAGCCUGUGAGGAUCAGCAGGAGAUGAGGAACGUCCUGUUCGAGGCUCUGGUCCUGGUGAAAACCGAACUGCACUCUCUGCCCCUCUGCUCCUCCCGGCGCGAAGGUUCCCAAGACUUAAAGUUAGGAGGGGACAAGACCCUGGCUCUGCUGGAGCAGUACGCCGAGCUGCUGCUGAAGUCUGUGGAGAAGAGACGGGACACCGAGUCCUGAAGAGACCGAGCCGUGCUGGAUCAGCAGCGCUGUGACGGGUUUGCACAAACAGCUUCGUGUAGAAACUGAAAUGUGACGAGGCGCCGUCACGUUGGGAAAACAAGAUGCUGAGUUUUAUUCUUGCAAUAUUUUUGUUGCCCUUUUUCAUGUGGACGUAAAUUUUUGUUUUAUAUAUAUAUAUAUAUAUAUAUAUAACAAUCAGUUUCCAUUCACUUUUCACACACAAAAAAAACACGAGAAAAAUGAUUAAGUUGAAAACUUUAUGAAAUAUUCGUUAAAUAUGUUCUGCUUUUCAAAUCGUGCUUUAUUUUAAUUCUUAAUCUGAUAAAGAAAAUGUUGAUAUAGAGGAUUUAAAUGRGUCCUAUGUUUUAUAUUUGCUGAUAAAACCUCUUAAAGAAGGAUAUUAGGUUUAACAUGAACAGUUAAUAUCUUACCUGUUGUUGAUAACUCUUUGAAUGACCUCAGUUUGGUGAAAGAAUUCUGAGUGUGUCCCACUGGGUAGACCCAGAACUCGUGCAUCGUCUUCGGUCUGGGAACACCUCAGGGUCUCCCAGGAGGAGCUGGAGAGUGUUUCUGGGUACGGGGAUGUCUGGGUUUCUCUCCUGGAUCUGUUGCCUCCUCAACCCAACAACCAAAAAUUGUUAAAGAUGCCAUGAUUUGUGCCAAACAUCUGUUUCUUAAUGCAGAAAAGCUCCAACUUCUGUGCUUUUUAAAAAUGUUUUUAACACCUAGAAAUUAACAGUUUGUCUGAAUUCUUUACACAUUUUUAGCGAUUUUCUAUUUCUCUAAUGGAGAUUUAUCUGUAUAGUUAAAAAAAAUAAACAGAAUGCCAAACUCAAA